AAGCGACGUAGUCAUGACGUAGUGUACAAACAGAAAGCAAAAGCCCGCGAUAGACCGCGGAGUGCACGCGUCUGCAGCAAUUCUGCAGGAGCGCAGUUGUGUAAGGAUUGUUGUUGGUCGUGUCGUCUGGUGUGGUAGAGAAAGUUCUUUCUCUAUGGUCGUGUAACAAAGGCCUCUCAUCUAGAAUACUGCAACAUGCCUGGCAUCUGCCCUCGGUGCAACACGACCGUAUACUUCAAUGAGGAGAAGAUCGCCAUCGGCAAGCACUGGCACAUCAAGUGCUUCUCCUGUGCCAAUGCUGACUGCCAUCGGCGCCUGGACAGCAGCAACCUGACCGAGCAUGAAGGAAACAUCUACUGCCGCUCCUGCUAUGGCAAGCUGUUUGGCCCGAAGGGUUACGGCUAUGGCGGCGGUGGUGCUGGGGUGCUCUCCAUGGACACUGGUGACAAGUACAGGAAUGGACCACCUACCAGCAACAUUCCAGCGACAGCUCAAGCGCAUGUGGCACCUCAGAAUGGCACUGUGAAGCCCGUGACCCAGAAUCGUUGGGGAGGCACUGACGUUUGCCCCCGGUGUGGCAAGGCAGUUUACAUGGCCGAGAAGAAAAUGGGAGGCGGAGCAGCCUGGCACAUAGCCUGCUUCAAUUGCCAUCAGUGUCGUAAGCGUCUUGAGUCAACCAUUCUCUGCGAGCGAGAGGGAGAGAUCUACUGCAAGACAUGCUAUGGAAAAUACUUUGGUCCCAAGGGAUAUGGCUAUGGUGUGGGCUCGGGCACCCUGCAGAUGUCCUGAACAUAUUUAGGCCAUUAGCUUAGUUGUAAAAAAUAUUUGUGCAUUUAGAGAAGGUUGGUAAUGGCCUUAUUAUAUUUUUCAUGUUACACGCUUCAUCUCAGUGGCAGCUUUUGUUGUGAUAAUUUGCAACAUUUUUUUCCCCCGCCUUGUAAUAUUAAUUUAGUGAAAAUAACAUCAUUUUCUAUAUAUGCACUUUAUUCUAACAAUGUCGGUUCAGAGUGCAAUGUACCUAUUUGUUGCUAGGCUAACUAGAUGCCCCAUGAAGUGAGCACCCGCUGUGGUGGCCAAGUGACUUCAGUAUUGGGCUGCUAAUCCCAGCCACGGCAGCCGGAUUUCGAUGGGGGUGAAAUGCGAGGACACCCGUGUACCAGGCAUUGGGGGACCAAUAUUUGCUUGUCUGUGCUCACUUGAAGCUUCAUUCCUGCAAGCACAAGAACUCUUCUGGCACUGUGUGAAAAGCAAUGCCACAGCCUACUUUGAUGUGUUCUAAGCUGCUUUUACAAUGCCAUAGCAUUGCCUUUAUACUGUCCUGUGCUAUUAUAUUCAUUAGUGUUGAUCAUGCCUGAGAGCGACUGGUUUUAUAGCAAUUGGCAAUUAUGUGGGCACUCCAAGCUAAUUUAUGCCAUCGUCGUGAGGUUCCAUAUAUAUUUAGGCAUAUGUAUGCUGUAUGCCACACUUUGCUAUACGACAUGCGGUAUAUGCGAGUUCUAUUGCCACACCAUUCUAUCGCUAAAGUUUCUCAUACAUACCAGCUCUUACGUUCUUGACAAAAUUAUUCCUCAGAAUUUUGAGAAUGUUGGCCCACGAACAAAACGCAGACAGUGCAUAAAUCUUCUCAGACUUAAAUGUUAAAAGUGUGAGACAAUAAGAGAGCUGAAACCUGAAAAUGAUGCAAUUUUGUUGGAGUGGCUGUGCAUAAUCUCCGGGAUCGGCCCAGAAAAGAAGUUUGAAACAUACCCGAUAUAGAGAAGUAGUGGUAAAGUUUCGAAGAAAGACGUUGGCCUUAAUUAAUAAAUAAUUUAAUUAUCCGAUGGCAGGAUUCAAACAGAGGACCUCGAGCAUAACAGCUUGUUUGUACUUUGUCAGCUUACAUUUACUUAAAUUCAUACUGCGACCACAGCUGCAAGUAUCAUAUUCAUUGUUUUGCCCAUAUGUGAAAUUGAUAUUAUAUAUAUACAUUUUUUUAGGGUCUCUAGAUGCAGGUUAAACUUCUUCCUUAAGUUUUAAAGCAGCACCUUCUUUUGAUGAAUAAGCUAGGCAUGAGUUUGAAAUCAGUUUCUCUUUUACAUCCCUCAGAGUGAAAGCAAGAAGCACCUUUGCAGGAGUUCUCAUAGAUGCGCCCACACUGUGCAGGACUGAUUUCAGUGGCCUUUGCCACGGUCACUAAAGAUGAAGAGAAAGGCAGAGCAGUUGGCAGUAUGAGACGUUGCACAGCCUUUAAGAAUGGCAGAUGCAUGUGGCACUUUGGGCACUUGUGAAGUUUGCGUGAUUAUGUGUCUGAGCAAGCCAGAUCAAAAAAAUUUACAGGAAAUAGCUUGAGUCCUGUGUCAUGUUAGACAGAAAUUUUGAAAAGCAAACAAAGGCCAGACCAGUUGAGGAGCGUGACUUGUCAAUCGGAAGAUCUGUCCCACAUAAAACACGUGAAGGCAGGUCAAGGCAUCCAUACAUUGCAAGUUAUUGGUAGCCUUUCCACUGAGGCAUCCUAGAAGACAUAGCAAUGGACGUGUGAGACCUUGGACAAAACAUAGAAAGAGCAGUCAAGCUGAAACAAAAGCCAGAUUUAUUCUGCUAUGUCAGCAGGUGCCAGGAGAAUCUCUGCCUCUACAGCAAUGGCGAUGCCUUGACCGUGAUGCAGCCCUGGCACUUUGUUGACACUCGUGGGUUCAGCCUGGAGAAUGCACAUUCGAUCGUUUUAUGUUUCGUUUAGUGUGUACUUUCUGUAUGCAUCAAUCCUGAGCCAAUUAAGGCUUUUGAGAAUUGUAUGCUGGUUAUUUACUCAUCUUGCAUCAUUGAAAUGCCAGUUGCAAAGUGUUAAAAGGAGUUGUACUCAUGCCAUAGUUGCUUUGUUUAGGCGAUAUGCGUGAAUUAUGGUCUCUUUCUUUUUUUUUCCUUGCACUGUGGGUGGCUUUGAUGUUGUUUUGUACAGGGAAAUGCCAUUACAACGAAGUACUUGGACCUCAAAAAUCCUUUGUUGUACAUACCACUUUGUUGUUAAAAUCGUGCACCAUAUGUUUAGCAAAAGAAAACCAUUAUUUAACAAGUGAAUUGAAGUGGUACUUCAAGAAAAGUCUCCAAUUUUCUUCAACACAGUUGAUCCUAGAGUAUUCCACAGUAGUCAGUCUUACGAUAUUGAGAUUCAAGCCAUGGUCAGUGGCAAAACUUGCGAGUGAAGCAAGGUACAGCAGGCAGGAUGUCGAAUGCCCUUGUCGUAAUUCUUUGUACGCCUUCUUCAUCACUGCUGCCUUUUCCCGUUUUUUGUCCUUGAGAUCAUAAUGGGGAAGCGUGGUUCAGAGGCAGCGCAAUUAUGUGCAUUCUGUGUGAAACAACAAGUCAGCCAUCAGGGACAUCUAGAUUAUUUCAUUGCGGUGGUCUUUUUUAUAAGGGCGUUUACACUGCAUGUAAAAGAUUGACAUUCGGCCAGGACAUGUGGAGGUGUUCGACUAUGGUACAUUACAAGAAGCUAUGCUCCAAGUACCAGCUAUAGACAUUUAUUAUUUUCCUGUCAAGGCUAGCAUAUGCUCUCAAAGAAUCAGACCAGCCAUGUUGUAAAACUGUAGUUUCUUGUUCAGUGCGCUUGCAUGCAGUGUUGAUUAAUUUCAAAUGUACUGGCAAGAAAUGUUUAGAUUUGUCUACCUGCUAAUGUUCCAUCUUAACUCUUUUCCACAGAUAAACUGUUGCAACCUUCAUGGAUAAAUGGCAAUUGUGUUAGACCACACCUGCAUGAAAAA